UUCGUUUUCGGAUUCUCGCAUUCCAGCUCGAGGACCAGCCUGGUGUGGAAGCGGGCCCGGCGUUGGCUAGCUACAUACAUAGCUACACAUGUAGACACUGGUCCGUUUGCAGAUCGAACAGACAGUACACAUAAUUCUCCCGUGGUGGGAAUUUACGUAACUGGACUCGCAUUCUACACUCACCGCCCAUGUGAGAAUCGCUGAAGCAUCGCACAUGAAGGAAAUACUUGGACACCAGGGUCGUGUUUGACCGGUUCAAGGUAUGAGGCUUACCACGCGCUUCUUAUGCAUAUCCUGAUCGGUGUAAUGGACUUUAUUACGACCAGCCUCUGAAGCUUACCGCAACUUCUCCGCAUGUUGGCGUGAGACUAGCAAUCAACUCCACUUCCCCAUGGCAAGUUUUCUUGCCUUUAAACAUACCAGCAUACAUGUGUAUGUAUCUAUCUAUCUAUCUAUACGACCCGUGUCCAUGUCUUUCCACGCUAAUGUCGAAUCAGGAUAGAAGUGUGUGGUGGCUCGGCAUACCAUGCAUGCCAUGAUAAGUGGCCGUUGGACUGACCACCACCAUUUCGGCGUCAUUUGCCAGCGUUUGCCUUGCGGUAUAGUGCUAGUGCUAUCAUCCGUCACCGCAACUUUCUCACGGAAAAAUCAACAGGAAAGAUCAGAAGACACAUUGUUCCAUCAUGCCAAAUGGCUCGCCAUGCAGGUUUCGUAAUAUCAUCCAAAGGGAUCGUGGUUUUUGCCACAUUGGCACCUCAGCCCUACAGCAUACGCGAUGGAGUAGUGCCGAGAAUUUCACCGUCAAGCGCUCAAAGCGCCAGGCUGUAGAGGGCGUUACCCUACACACUCUACCUUCUGCCACUGCUGCCUUGGAUCACCAAGACCUUGCUCCCAGGCGGUGUAAAAAUAUCACCCCCACCCUCCUGUCUCCACAAGGAUGUGCCAAGCGAACCUUAGAUUGUCCAUAG